UACUACUUCUUUUAGUACUAUUCUUGAGUGUGCCCAGUUCAGAAAAUCAUGUUACCAAGGUGGAAGAGUGUUUCCAAGAACCUGAAUAUGAAAACUGGCUGGCUACUGCAAAGCAUGGUCUAAGAAGGACCUUGAAACCUAAGACAAUUGUGAUUGUUGGAGCAGGAAUUAGUGGGUUGACUGCCGCCAAAUUACUCAGAGAUGCUGGACAUAAGGUUGUGAUCUUGGAAGCCAGUAACCGGGUGGGAGGACGCGUAAAGACUCACCGAGAAGAUGACUGGUAUGUGGAUUUGGGGCCGAUGCGAUUGCCCAAAGCUCAGAGAAUUGUACGUGAAUACAUUAAAAAGUUCAAACUUCAUUUAAACUCCUUCAAUCAGACUGAUGGGAAUGGCUGGUAUUUAAUUCGAAAUGUCAGGGAAAAAAUGUCACCCCACAAUCCUGAAAACUUUGGAUACCAACUUAACCCCAAUGAGGAGGGAAAGUCUGCAAGCCAGCUGUUUGAGGAGACGCUGAACAAGGCUUUCUCCUCCCGCUUCAUUUUUAGCGGUAUUCCUACAUACUUUCCACUGUCCAGUAACUUCUGUUAUGUUGAACAAGCCAUGGUAAGUAAUUCUUUUGUUUUGAAAGAAUGGCUGAUUAAGGAAGGGGAGAUAGUCUCUUUAAGGAAAUCAGCCCGUGUAACUAUCUUCUUAAAAAUGAAUCGAUCUGCUCUGUAG